UCUCCCUCUUUGAUCCUCUCUCUCCUCUCCAAAUAUGCAAACCCAAGCAAGCCUUUGUACUAAUUACAUCCCCCAAGAAAAGGGCAUGGAGGAGCUGAGACAGUCACUAAUCCUGAGCAUGGAGCUGGAGGACACGAGGGUCAAGGCCCAAGAGGAGGUCAAAGCCCGAGACCACCAAAUAGCCCAGCUCAAGAAUCUCCUUAGCCGGGCCCUUAAGGAGCGGGACCAGGCCCAAUACAAGUGCCACAGGGCCAUCCUCGACAAACUCAUGCUCCAGAACCAGAUCCACCGGCCCAGCCCAAUUAAAUCCCGCGCCUCCAGCAUCGACGACGAGAAAAUCGCCUCGCCGCCGCCGCUGCCGGAGAAGGGGAGGCUCCUACAGGCGGUGAUGGGCGCCGGCCCGCUGUUACAGACGCUCCUCGUGGCCGGGCCGCUGCCACGGUGGCGCCACCCGCCGCCGCCGCUCGAGACGCACCUAAUCCCGCCGGCGGCGGCGGGAAUUGGGGACCCGUUUCGGAAUGUGGGUGGGUGUAAUAAUGAGAGGAAGAGAGGGUUUAGUGAGUCGUCUUCAUCAUCGUCGUCCAUGGGAUUGAAGUACCAAAGAGUUGUUCCACAUUAAUUAGUAGUUGACAUUGUUAUUUAUUAUUAUAAUUCAUGUCCUUUUUUUUCUUUUUCUUUUUCUUUUUUUUUGGGUGUUUUUUUAUUCAUCUUCCAAAAAGAAAUAUUGGAUCGAUUAGGAAUAUUGGGAAGGUGAUUUGGCAAUUUUUUUGUGCAGUGGUUCAAAUUUAAAGUUAUGAUGUUUAGGAUGAUCCAG